AUGUUCAACAAGCUAUCGUGUUGUGGUGCCAUGAAUGUUGAAGGCUCUAAACAAGAUGUUGAAAAAGGUGAGAGUUCAUCCAUGCCCAAAAGACCCGGAAAAGCUAUUGAACUCACUGAUCAAGGUAUUAAUUCAGAGAAGCAGCCCCAAAAAAAUGGUGACAAACCUCCAAAUAUUCCGAUAGUUGGUGAGGGGUCUUGCAUCUUCAUGAUCCCCCAAAGCCUGAAGAAGAUCCACCACAAAGGAUAUAUACCUGAGUUAGUCUCAAUAGGUCCUUACCAUCACAACGCAGACCAUCUCAAGAUGAUCCAGGAGCAGAAACAUAGAUUUCUGAAUCUUUUCCUUGAUAAUGCCACAGAGAAGGGUGUCACUAAAACCGAUUUGGGCAACAAAAUAAAGGGGAUAGAGAACGUUAUAAGGAGCUCUUAUUCUGAUGAUAAGAUUGUUGGGAAGCUUAAUCAAGAUCAACUCAUCGAUAUGAUGCUUCUCGAUGGUUGUUUCGUUCUCAUGUUAUUCUUUUUCGAUGCAAGCAGAGUUUCAAGAGAGAAGUCACCGGAUGAUCAGAUUUUGAAUACGCCAUAUAUUCUUCCGACUAUCCGGAGCGAUCUUCUUCUUUUGGAAAACCAGGUUCCAUUCAUUCUUCUUGAAACUCUUUUCAAAGCAUCCAAUAAGUCUUCUUUGGGUUUAGGAAGCUUGAACGAUCUUGCGUUCACGUUCUUUAACUUUUCAAUGGACAAACCAAAAGCAUAUUGGGAAAAACACAACCAAUAUAAAGCAAAACAUUUACUUGAUCUGAUUCGUAAAACUCUUAUCCCCAUUUCAUCCUCAAAUGGUGGCUCUUACGAUGCUACAAAGCCAUCACAAGAUAAUGAUUCUCAAUCUUUUACAAGAUUGAUCCUCUCGGCAAAGAGACUCCGUCUCCAAGGAAUAGAGUUCAAGGCCUCUCAUGAUCCUUCCUUUUCAAACGGGUGUUGUGCCAAGAUGUUUUGUUGUUUGUCUAAUGAGUAUCAUGCAUUUAUCCCGAAGAGACAGCAAGAAGAAACAAUAUUGGAGUUACAAUUAAAGGGAGAUGAGCUUCAAAUACCGCUAAUAGUCUUUGAUGAGUUCAUCAGCUCAGUAUUGCUAAACUGUGUAGCUUUUGAGCAGUUAUCUCUGAAAUGUUCCAACGAUGUAACCAGUUAUGUCGUUUUCAUGGGAUGUCUGAUGAGUGACGAGGUAGAUGCUACCUACCUAAGUGAGAAAGGAAUCAUCGAAAACUAUUUUGGGAAUGGGAAUGAUGUCUCUCAGUUCUUCAAAAACAUCAGCAGUGGUGUCGCCUUUGAUAUGAAUAAGAGUUACCUGAAAGAAGUGUUCAAAGGGAUCAACAAGUACACUUCAAAGAGACGGCAUGUAGAGUGUGCAAGGUUUAUGCGACUUCACUUUGAUUCUCCUUGGACUUGCAUGUCAUCUGCUGCUGUAUUGAUUAUUCUUUUGCUUACAAUAUUCCAGGCUACUUUUGCAGCCCUUAGUUAUCUUCACCCUCCUAAGGAACCAAAAGAUAAAGGCACUUGA